CAACCCUGUUUUCGAUGACGUCAUUGUAAAGUUCCGAAAUUGAAAUCAAUAAGUGGUGUGCAAUGUUGUGUGCACAUGAUAGUCGGACCGAAAUGGUGAUUAUAUCAAAACAAUUUGUCAGAGUGUACGGUUUUUAUUUAUUCAGAACGAAGGUGUAAAUAUUAAUUGAGAAAAUGGUACGAAAUACGAAGAGAAAGCUGGCGAUAUUCGCCGGAACGUCGAAGUGUUUGAUAUACGCAGAAGCAAAGUAUUGUGCCUCUGAAAUGCCUGGAGAAACAAAAUACUAUGAGUGCUCUAGAACCGAAUAUUGUUGCGGUAUUGGUUGUUGCGUGUCACCAGGACUACAUUUUCAUCAUUUAUGGUAUUAUUGGAUAUUGGUAAUAAUUAUGUUCCUGGUAUGCUCCGGUGGUGGCUGGUGGUAUCGAUACUGGUUACAAGGAAGAUACAGAGCGGCUGCAUCGGCUAUUCCGACUAGAACUACGAACGCGCGAGCCCAAAGUUCUCUUCGAGGGUCAACGUGUCAAGGGCAGAGGGCUCGUAUUACGUACAAUUCUGCGAGAAACACUGUAUUAUUGCAUCGUAUGUGGAAAGGUCCUCAAAGAAACGGAGCGAUGCCCGCUUACACCGGUAAUGCGACAACAUCGGGCCAUUAUCAGAACAUGAGCGUUAUGUUGAACGAUGCGAACUGUCCGUACUACCAAUUAUAUGGCCCACCUCCAAGCUACGAAACUGUGAUAGCUCAAACACGUGGUAAGGUAUCAAACGCGACGUCACCGGAAUCGACUAGCGCGCGAUCGAGUUCGUUCGUUGCGCCAGCGAAUUCGAACGUGUCCCAAUGCUUCUCUUAUACUUGCAAUUUCUCUACGAGAUUGAACAACAGUCUGGAUCAAAACACGCAAUACUCGAGUGGCGGUACGAGUUCUCGGCAACUCGAAGGCCGAGAAGGUAUUCCAUUCGCGCAUUUUCCACCGUAUUGCGCCGUCGCAGACGGAAGUACGAGGCAAAACGUAUGCAUUCCUUUCGCCUAUCAGGAACAACCGUUCGUUUCUAGAGAUACCUUUAACCCUCUGUAUCAAGCUAGUUCCAUACACUGUGUUCCGUAUCCGAUGGACAAAUCGUCAGACACGUCGGAUCCAGAGAAUCAAAGUUACCAAGUGUCGAAUGCCGAAAGGUAUGCGAUGGUAAAUGUCGAUUGUACGGCUGGUAGUAGCAGAGAGCAAGGUAUUUGGCAGUCGGACGAUCGUUCAACGUGCAAAGUACGCGUUAGCCAAGUAAACAGAGAUACGGAUGACAGUAUGGAGAAAAAUCUGGGAGAACAACGAGAAAAUACAUCGAUGGUAAGAGGGGCGGCGGGUUCUGCUUCUCCGCUUAAAAUCGAAGAGAAUCAGUCGGACGAUUCGAAAUCCGUGGAUUGGUUGGAAAAUUUCGAUUCCGAGUUGGCAAAGAGCCGUCGAGUGUACGGCGGUUCUUUAAAAGCAAGCGGCAGGUACGCCGAUAAAGAAAGAUGCGAGGAAUAUUCCGUUCAAAGGGCUUUCUCGAGAAUUUUGCCCCAUUCCUGUGACGGACUUAUUAACACAGAGCCAGCUACGGCAUCUGUCGAUGUAUCUCAUAACGUAAGCUCUUUGGAAGAGAGAGCCGACUGUAGUGCGAGUUCUUUUCAAUCAAAUCCAUCCAAUAAUGUGAUAUUAGAGCGUUUCGGUUCCGACGGCGCGUCUUUCUCGAUGGAAAAUAUCGAGAAACUUGAACAGUCUCAUUCCCGUCUCGUAAAUACUAGUACAAAUUCUGAUCUUGAAAGUAAAUCUAGAUUAGACAGAUCGAAAUCACUGGACUGAGCAGUUAUGGAAUACUUUGCUAUCGUACUACGCGUAUAUGUAGUGCUUAUUCUUCUACACGUUAUUGAUUCACGCGUAUUUGUGUACGAUCGUGUUAGCCGGAAAUCGAUCGUGUUAACGAUUUAUCUCAUAAAGUUUUCCUGUAAUCGAUAUAACGAAAUCAAGAGAGCGUCGCGGUAUUAUAUGUUCUCCUUUUUAAAUACGAAACUCGUCGAGUUUCGGAUUUAAGAGUUGAUCGUUUAUCGAACGACAAACAACGCUUAAUCUAUCGUUUGUCUAUAUUCCAAUAUACAUUCCAUAUACUAUUAUUAUCCUCUCUUUUUCGCUCCUUAUAUGUAUAUGUGUAUAGCUAUGCGCCAGAUUCUCGUAUUCGAACAAGAGGCUCACGGGACCAUAUUUGACACUGUUCAGUUUGUCUCGAUUAUUUAUCGGUUACGGGAUAAUUUGUUAUCUACUAACAGUCGUUAGUACAACGCAAUAACGCGUGACUCGAUUGGAUCUCGUUUUUUACGAUACGCGAUACUGCCAGAAAUCUUCGGUCAAUGUCCUGUUCGCUCGAACGAUGGCUCCGAGCUGUAAACGUUAAUCGGUUAACAAAUAUUCCAUUAUAUUUGUAUCCUUUUUCCUUCCUUUUGCGAACGAGCUCAACCAAUUCCAAUUACGCACAAGGGCGUCGCUCGACGCUGUUCUUAAUCGUCCUACGUAAACGUAUCGGUAUGCCAAUAACACGUUAGCACACCUUUUUCUAAUCUUCGCACGAAACGUCGUACUUUACAAUGCCACCGAACAGUUUCUAAUUCUAAUUAUUAGGUUAAACGUUAUUAUAGACUAUUUCGUAUGUCGUAUUUUCAACAGAGAUGUUACGAAUCAAGAUGGUGUUUGACGAGAUCGGUUCUAUUCCCUUUUUCGAACGGAGGAACCGCGUAACUUGCUUUCCGAUUCGAUCGAACACCAUUUACGUGUUGCGUAUUUCUUUCAUGUGCACGUGAAUACAAUUCCGUGAACGUUUAAGGAUUCUUCGUCGAUAUCCUUGAAGAUGCAGCAACUCGAUCUACGUGUAACACCUUACUAAUUUUAAGAUACGCAUAUGCUACGAAAGAGUUUCUCUUAUUAUUGCUUUGUCAGAUGGGAUCGGAAGAACGAGAGAUGUACGUUACCGCUCACAGGUGUCCGAACAUUCUAGUCAAUUUGUACGAACGGUAUACAUUACGCCUCGUAACGAUAGAACCACCCAAAGUCGUUUAACUUUUAUAUUUUAUGCCAAGUAUUUGUAAACAUUAAUGCUACGAGAAACGACGUACAUCGCGUUUGAACUUGCUAUUUUUUAAUUAAAUUAUAUUCCUGCGCCAAAGUGUUUGGAUAUUUUUGAGCGAUAGUACAUACACGUGUGCGUGCGUGCGUGCGUGUAUGAUUGCGUCUGUUUGCUGCGUUUGUUUGCAAGCGAAUGACUGGCCGAUGACGGCCGACAGGCUAAAAGGAGAUGUUUGAGGAUAUAGACUAAGCUAAGGAUGCGAGGACGGAGUAGGCGAUGGUACGAAACGCGAGAAAUCCAGUGAAAAGUCAAAUCUCAUAGAAGAAUUACACGUUCGAAUCCGGCUUUACGGAUUACCAUAUCUCGCGAAUGUCUUUAUUUUUACUUAUCGGUUAUUGUUCUUCUCAAUUUAUACGUAGAUCGUAAGAACGAAUCGCGCGAACCAAUGUCACUGACGGUAUAAAAAGUGGCAAGGUCGGACAAAUGAUAAACCUGACAAAUCACAUUUUUAUAGAGAAUCGAUUUUUAUAUUUAGUAUGCCUUUUGCAGACUUUGUGUUCUCGUUGCAUCGUCGACCACUUAACAAAAUUAUUGAUAACGUAAAUUAGGUGCGUUUAGUAUUAACGAAAUCAAAAUACCGUACUAUUCGUCUCCUAUCGUUGAACAACGUCAUGGAUUUAUCAUUUGUUUUCAAGAAGCUUCUAUCUUCUCUUCUCUUUCGUAUACGUUCGUUUCGUUUCACAAGACACUUUUCUCGUUGGCCAGCAAACAACGUGAAAAUCAAUAAAAAUAAACUUAUUAUCGUAUCCUUCCCAUGAUCUUGAAACGAGAAAGCACGUUUGCCGCGGAUAGACGGAACAGUUUAGGCAGGUUUGUCCGACGACAGCUGCGCGUCGGAAUUGCAGUUAUUUUCGCAACACGACGAAUGCAGUUGAAAGCAGGAGUCGCCUUGACGUACCAUCGCGUGUCUAAGUUUCUGAUUCCAAAAGUUUUCGAUUGUAACAGCGGUCCAAAGAAAACAGUGUACGUGCCAAUAACGAGUCCGUUAGAUAAGGUAAUGUCGUAUAGGGCAAGUCGAUCGAUCUCGUAACAAAGGAGAAAUAUAAUGACAUAUAUAUACAUAUAUAUAUAUAUAUAUAUGAUAUAUAUCGUAUAUCAUAUAUUAUAUAUAUGUAGUAUUAUUAAUUAAAAUUAUAUAUAAUUAAAUAAAAAUUACAUACACAAAACGCGUGCGUGUGCAUGCAUAAUUAUUUUUUGUAAUCGAUCCGAAUGGACGAGCUAUUUUAACAGUCCGAUUAAAUAAAACGCUAAUUAAAUAACGCAUAAGGUAUAAAGUAACGUGGCCAGUUACUAUCGUUCCGGAUUACGGGGGUCUUCUAUAGAUUCAGGAAACACUAUAUUUUGCGUGCGUGCGUAGCCUGCGUGUUAUAGCUUUAACGAUCGAUAACUAGUCCGAAUGAUCACUUUCACCGUAACGUGCAAUCAUGUUCGUAUUAAUAUACUGUAAGAUAUAUUGUACCUCACGAAAAGGGUUGUCUUUGCUGAAAUAAAGACAAAAUAUUUAUUCACGUA